AUAAACAACCUUGACAGUGAUGGUGAUUUGCAGGCGGUGAAUCUUCCGGUGGAUAGAGAUGGGUCACGGACGAACUCGUCUGGGUCGGUCACCACCUGCGGCAGCAGCCGUCACACACCCACCGCUACUCCCCUCCCCACCCCAGACCAUCCCCCCCACUACCCCUACCACCACCACCACCAUCACCACUACCCACCACCAGGAGGUGGAGUGGGGGGGAUCGGAAGCGCAGGGGGAACGGCUAUAUCAACAACAAACACUUCUCCAAGCUCCACCAUUUCCAACCUUGCCAUCACCACGGUCGGGAUGCAGCCCCAGUCACACAGCCACUCCCACGCCAACCACCUGCACCGCAUCACCUUCCCCUCCCGGCCCCGGCCUCCAUUGCCACAGAACAACAACCCCCUCGACAAGCCCCUUGAUCUGGACGGCGACCACAAGGCGGGCAGCCCUCCAGACAUGCCCCAAGACCAGGACAAGAUCGAGGUCACGGGAGACACGUACUCCUACGUGCAGUGCACGAUGCACCACGAAUACAGCUACCCGGUGGUGGAGGGCAUCAAGGCAGAGAAGAGAGAUAGCAUAGCAUCCCUGAAAAAGCAGCAGCAACUCGAGCUUGCCGGGGCGACGCACCCUCAGCCAUGUCCUCCAACGAAUCAUGGUAAGAGGCCACGAAAGAGAGACCGCAGAGGCAGAAAGUUCAUCAAGGCCCGCUGUCGGCACUGUCAGGAAACCUUUACAUAUGAUAAAAAUUCCCGGGGCAGCUGCGAAUACGCACCAGACUGUGUACGUACAGCCAUUGAUACACUUACAUGCAUCUCUUGUGCACACGGUAUGUUAUAUCAUUGCAUGAGUGAUGCAGAAGGUGACUUUGCUCACCGUCCAUGUGAAUGUGGGGGCCCUGGAGGCACGACGGAUGAGUUGUGCGGGCGACGGUGGCUCGGAUUAACCUUGUUAUCCUUAUUGGUGCCGUGCUUGUGGUGCUACAUACCGCUGCGAGCAUGUCACCGAUGCGCUGUCGCCUGCAGAUUGUGUGGUGGCCGACAUGAGGCCUCCUGACUCACCGCCCCCACACAUGCCCAAGAGGAUGAGGAAGAGGAUGAUGACGAUGACGAGGAGGAAGAUACGGUUUUCACGGUAACUGGAAGCCCCACGCUGCUCUCCCCACAACAGUGGUGUGAUCAGGGGAGCAGUUCCCAGCAGUCGGGCGUCGGAAUGGGCAUGCAUGUGGAGAAAAACCAAACCAGUUAAUACUGAUCCAAGCUUUGUAGCCAGUCAGCUGUUGUGGCAGGGACAACAAUGACAGUUAGUGGUGUGUGAAAAGAGUGUAAGGGUGCUACCAGCACAACUAUGAUUGUCAAACAACCAACUAGAAAGGAAAGGAAGAAUGGAAUUGUGUGAUAAAAGGAGUGUGAAUGAAACCACUUUUGAUAAAGUGGAUAGAAAGGACACAACAGUUUGAGUGUUCUAUGUACCUGAUGGCCACACUCCGGCCUCAGAGUGUGUGUGCACGUGUGCGUGAGUGUGCACUGCACACACACUGCCGUACAUGGCCAGUUCUCAACUCUUGCAUUUGGAAACCCUUGUUCAUCUAUAUGUGAGCUGCUCAUUUAAUGGCAGGUCCGUCCGCCUUGGCCUAUUUAAUAAUCUAAAGGGAUCCCAAUUUUUCGAGGGCUCAGGAGAAAUUGUGACGCCCUUUGGAAUUGCUGUGACUUUUUGUAUGCUUUUAAUUAUUAUUGUGAUAGAUGUUCUAUAUAUUGAUAGCUUUAGCUGGCCAAGACGGACAGGCAGCCAAGGCAGCUGGACUGUCACGUGUCACAUAAUAACUACGUGAAGUUCUCACUUGCGUUUGCCUUACAUACCGACACUUUUGUGUUUAGUCUUUUGGCAAUUAUCAGCGUCGUCUUCAGCGUUGUGUAAGCCGGACAACUUUUUCAAGGGUUUCCUUGUCAUUUUAGGUGCUAUAGCACAAAUCAUGGAUUUUCCUUUUUUUUAAGUGAAUGAUUAUUCAAAAAAAUAUUAUUCAGUUGUGUUGCAGUCAAAAGAACAGUUUUCUACACAACUUUAUAUAUAAACAUGUGUAAGGCAGUUGCACUGUGAAACAUGAAAUACAAGGUGAAGUUUGGCUUCUUAAAAAAUCAAACUUAAGGUAAUGAUGUAACUACAUAAUGUAGUUUUCCAAUAAUAAAAGACUAAACCUCCAAAUUGCAUUCAUGUAAGCAACACAGGUAGCAUUAUGAAUCACUGCCCUGUGGAAAAAAAAGUCUUGUAAUUACCAUAGUCACAAUUAUCAUGAAUAUUGAUGAUAACAACCCCUCUUAAUUAUGAUUACACCCAAAAAAGGAGGCCAAGAUCUUGUUAAAAAAAAAAAAUAAACAUUUUUGUGUACAACCUAGAUGGUGGCCCAGUCGGCGCAGAGAUCGCAGCCGGCAGAGAGCGCGGACAUUUUUGUUUUUUGUUUUUGUUUUUCUCACCACCGCCUUCACCAGCGAGGAAGUGCUUGGGAAGGAGGUUGGACGUAGCCGCGCCCUCUCCUGCCGUCUGCGGCCUGGACCGAGAUAGAUGUUUUGGUAGCGGUAAUCUUGGGGAGCAGCCAGGUCAUACGUCACCUAACAGAAGUCCUGGGGUCAGCCUGAGGCUCCAGAUAUAAAGAUAUAUUACUAAAAAAAAAAAAAAGGAAAGAAUGAAUAGAGGGAGAAAAGGAAAAGAAAGGAAGAGUACCUUAAUUCUGUGGUAAAGAGGUGAUGACCCCAACCCACUUCAAGUGCGGCGAAACGACCUGGCGCAUGUCAGCUCCCCGAUACUUCCGUUGUUCAUGCCACCCCCUAGUCACGAACAAAAUUGCAACCAAUGUCAGCAGUCUAAUAUCGUUUGUUUUAUUUGCAACAAUUUUAAGCAGAAAGUCACAAAAGUUUGUGGUUUCAUUUUACCUUUUUCUUGAAGAAUGAAAACAAAACCAAAAAUUAAAAAAAAGAGAAGGACUUUGUUACUCCCAGGAAAAUGAUUGAUAUAUAUAUAUUUUUUUCUUCUUCUGUUUUUCAGUUCUCACUCAUUGUUUCCAGUGAAUGAUUUAAGUGACUAAGUAAUUAUCCUUGUGUAAACUUUUUGUCUAUUGAUGAUUUCAUUAUAAUUGUCAAGUAUAGGAUGUAACAAGAAUGAUUUUAUGAACAAUAAUGACAACCAAAGACAUAUCCAUUA